UAUGUCAAAUAUGAAAAAUCCCAGCAUCAGAUGGAAAUUGCUGCCCAGAGAAUUGCUGCAUGUCAUCAGUUAGCGCAGAAAAUGUUGGAUCAUGGCCAUGUUGAAUCCAGGGAGAUUCGAAAGAAGCAGAAACAGUUGAGCAACAACUGGCAGGAGUUGCUGGAGAUGACAAAUUACAAAGGCAAAAAGUUGCUAGAUGCUGAAGCAAUUUACAAGUGCCUGCAGGACUUGAUGGAAGCUCUGAACCACAUUGAGGACAAAUUGAAGACCAUCCCAGAUUCCAUUGCUAAAGAUCUGAAUGGGGUGCAGUCACAGCUACGUAAGCAAGCAACUCUUGAGUAUGAAUUAUUUGGGAAUAAGCAGCAGCUGCAUGUUUUGAUUGAUACUGCAGAUGGCGUGCUCUGCCUGUGCUCUGAGACGCAAGCAGCUGAGAUCAAGGCAAAGCAAGAGGCCUUAGUAGAGAAUUGGGAAGUCUUGCGGUGCAAAGUGGAACAAAACAGGGAGCAGCUGGAGCAAGCUUGCAGAUUAUACCGCUUCCUAACCUACGUACGGGACUAUUCUUCCUGGGCAUCUGAGAUGAGCAGAGAAAUGACAGCUGAGGAGACCAUUCGUGAUGUAUUUACCAGUGGUCUGAAGAUUAAUCAGCAUCAGCAGCUAUUGCCAGAGAUUGAGUCUCGAGAUGAGAUUUAUGAGCGGGUAUCACAGCUGGGACAAGAGCUUGCACUGGAACAGAAAACGGCAAUAGGAGAAAUCCAAAGUGUAUUAGAAACUCUGAUAGAAGCAAAACAUAUAGUGUACCUGGUAUGGGCACAAAAGAAGGAAUGGCUGGAGAAGACCCAUCUUUUGCAGAUAUUUUACCGAGACUGUGAAUACCUGGACAACAUCUCAAACUCCCAAGAGAUGUAUUUGAAAAGCUGUGAUUUUGGAAGCAGUGUGGAUGAAGUGAUACAGCAGAUCAAGAAACAGGAGGCUUUCGAGAAGAUUCUAGCCUCUCAGGAAGAAAAGGAACACUCUCUUCAGGAGCAAAUGGAAAAAUUGCAACCAGCUAGUGAGUUGGAAGUAACAAAGAUUCAACAGAGGCUGAGUGUGGUGUUAAAGAAAAGAAGACGUAUCAGAGAUCUUUCUCAAAGUAGGCAAGAAAAAUUGCAAGUAGAACUCCUGCUAGCUCUAUUCUACCAGAGUCUAACUGAGGCAGAGGGUUGGAUUGAUGAACGCAUGCAGAAGAUGAAGGUUCCUUCUUUUCAAAACUUCAGCAAGUCAUGUGACAAAAUGAAGCUUCUUCAGAAGCAUCAAGCCUUUGAAGCUGAGAUUCUGGCUCAUAAGGAUAUAAUUGCCACUGUUAAAAUGAGAGGAGAAGCUCUAUUACACCACAAUAUUCCCCAAUUGGAAGACAUCCGCCAAAAGAUGUACUUGCUCCAAGAAAGGUGGGAAAUGUUGAAUCAGGCUGUUGCUGCUCAUGGAAAGAUGCUUGAGGAGAGUAGGGAUUUUCUUGAAUUUCUACAAAAAGUCGACCAUGCAGAGGCUUGGAUCAGAGACAAGGUCGUCAUGGUUAAUAUUGGUGAUGUGGGGAAUGACUAUGAACACUGCCUUCAGCUUUUGAAAAAAUUAAAUGAAUUCCGAGGAAUGUCAGAGGGGAUCACAGUGGAUGAUGCCUACAUCAAAGGCAUCAAUGCUCUUGCUCUGCAAUUGAAGAGGCAGAAUAAGGAAGAGAUGAAAAUAAUAUACCAACGCCGAGAACAGCUGAAUGAAAGGUGGAACAGUUUCCAUGGUGAUCUUAAAACGUAUAAGAGGAAGUUGGAAGAAGCCCUGCAAAUCCAUGCCUUGAUUAGAGAAAUUAAUGACAUCACGGAGAGAAUUGGUGAAAAGAGUUCACUGAUACAAGCAUUGGAUUAUGGAAAAGAUGUUGAAAGUGUAGAAAAUCUACUUCGAAAGCAUGAUGAAAUGGAGAGAGAAAUUGGCAUCAUUCAAUCCAAGAUGGAGUCACUGGAACCAGAACUAUGUCAAAUUAAAAGGAAUCCAUCUACUAUAAGUAACACACUGACUACAAAACAAAAGGAAAUGAGAAACCAUUGGUUACAACUGCAGAAUCAGACUAAACAAAGGUAAAUUCAAGGUGCAAUUCAAGGUGUUGGAUAUUACCUUUAAAAUGCUACAUGGCAUAAGAUCAGGUGACCUGGGGGACCGUCUCUAUAUGAGGACAUCUGUAUGCCCC